GGCCAAUAGCGGCUUAGAGGGGCGGGGCGUGUGCGUGCGCACGCGCACCCCGCCCCCACUCGGAGACGCCCCUCUAGGCCGCGUAAGGCUGUGGUGACGAACUCUCGCUCCCGUAGCGACCCAGAGCCUCCGAGGCCAUGGCCUCCGUCCGAGCGACCCCAGGCAGGACGCCGCAGGGCCCGCGGCCCCAGGCAGCCUUGGCCACCUGUUCCAGCCCAGCCCCCGUGCAGGGCCACGGGGAGGCCGAGGAGGAGGAGGAGGAGGAGGAGCAGGAGCCAGCGGAGAUCCAUCUGUGCAUCCUGUGGAAUUCAGGAUACUUAGGCAUUGCCUAUUAUGACACCAGUGACUCCACCAUCCACUUCAUGCCAGAUGCUCCGGACAACGAGAGUCUCAAGCUUCUCCAGAGAGUAUUGGAUGAAAUCAAUCCCCGGUCUAUUGUUACGACUGCCAAACAAGAUGAGAAUAUGACUCAGUUUCUAGGGAAGCUUGCAUCCCAGGAGCACAGCAAGCCUAAGAGACCUGAAAUCAUAUUUCUGCCAAGUGUGGAUUUUGGCCUGGAGAUAAGCAAACAGCGCCUCCUUUCAGGAAACUACACCUUCAUUCCCUACUCCAUGACUACCACUGAGAAAAUCCUCUUCCUUUCCUCCAUUAUUCCCUUUGACUGCCUCCUCACGGUUCGGGCACUUGGAGGGCUGCUCAAGUUCCUGGGUCGAAGAAGAAUUGGGGUUGAACUGGAAGACUAUAACAUCAGCGUCCCCAUCCUGGGCUUUAAGAAAUUUGUAUUGACCCAUCUGGUGAGCAUAGAUCAAGACACAUACAGUGUUCUGCAGAUAUUUAAGAGUGAGCCCCAUCCCUCGGUGUACAAAGUGGCCAGCGGGCUGAAGGAGGGGCUCAGCCUCUUUGGAAUCCUCAACAGAUGCCGCUGUAAGUGGGGAGAGAAGCUGCUCAGGCUGUGGUUCACACGUCCAACUCAGGAUCUGGAAGAGCUAAAUUCUCGGCUGGAUGUCAUUCAGUUUUUCCUCCUACCUCAGAAUCUGGACAUGGCUCAAAUGCUGCAUCGGCUUCUGGGUCAUAUCAAGAAUGUGCCUGUGAGCCCAGGCCAGGGCAGGGAGCUGAUUCUGAAACGCAUGAAGCUGUCCCACACCAAGACCAGUGAUUGGCAGGUUCUGUACAAGACUGUGUAUAGUGCCCUGGGCCUGAGGGAUGCCUGCCGCUCCCUGCCCCAGUCUAUCCAGCUCUUUCAGGACAUCGCCCAAGAGUUCUCUGAUGACUUGCACCAUAUUGCCAGCCUCAUUGGGAAGGUGGUGGACUUUGAGGGCAGUCUUGCUGAAAAUCACUUCACAGUCCUCCCCAACAUAGAUCCUGACAUUGAUGAGAAAAAACGAAGGCUAAUGGGACUUCCCAGUUUCCUCACUGAGGUGGCCCGGAAGGAGCUAGAGAAUCUGGACUCCCGUAUUCCUUCAUGCAGUGUCAUCUACAUCCCUCUGAUUGGCUUCCUUCUCUCUAUUCCCCGCCUGCCUUCCAUGGCAGAGGCCAGUGACUUUGAGAUUGAAGGACUGGACUUCAUGUUUCUGUCAGAGGGGAAGCUGCACUAUCGUAGUGCUCGAACCAAGGAGCUGGACGCACUGCUGGGGGACCUGCACUGUGACAUCCGGGACCAGGAGACCCUGCUGAUGCACCAGCUGCAGUGUCAGGUGCUGGCACGGGCUGCUGUCUUCACCCGGGUGUUGGACCUGGCCUCCCGCCUGGACGUCCUGCUGGCUCUUGCCAGUGCUGCCCGCGACUAUGGCUACUCAAGACCCCGUUACUCACCCCAACUCCUCGGGGUCCGGAUCCAGAAUGGCAGACAUCCUCUGAUGGAACUCUGUGCCCGAACCUUCGUGCCCAACUCUGCAGAAUGUGGUGGGGACAGAGGGAGAGUCAAAGUCAUCACUGGACCCAACUCCUCAGGGAAGAGCAUAUACCUCAAACAGGUAGGCUUGAUCACAUUCAUGGCCCUAGUGGGCAGCUUUGUGCCAGCAGAGGAAGCCGAAAUUGGAGCUGUAGAUGCCAUCUUCACGCGAAUCCAUAGCUGUGAAUCCAUCUCACUGGGCCUCUCCACCUUCAUGAUCGACCUCAACCAGGUAGCGAAGGCAGUAAACAAUGCCACCAAGCAGUCCCUGGUCCUCAUUGAUGAAUUUGGAAAGGGAACUAACACGGUGGACGGGUUGGCACUCCUAGCUGCCGUGCUUCGACACUGGCUGGCACUUGGACCCACGUGCCCCCACAUCUUUGUGGCCACCAACUUUCUGAGCCUUGUUCAGCUCCAGCUGCUGCCACAGGGACCCCUUGUGCAAUAUUUGACCAUGGAGACCUGUGAGGAUGGGGACGACCUCGUUUUCUUCUAUCAGGUGUGUGACGGUUUGGCCAAGGCCAGCCAUGCCUCCCACACAGCUGCCCAGGCUGGACUUCCUGACCAACUCCUUACUCGUGGCAAGGAGGUCUCAGAUUUGAUCCGCAGUGGGAAACCCAUCAAGCCUGUCAAGGAGUUGCUAAAGGAGAAGCAAAUGGAAAAUUGCCAGAUGUUAGUGGAUAAAUUUCUGAAGCUGGAUUUGGAAGAUCCCAACUUGGACCUGGACCUUUUCAUGAGUCAGGAAGUGCUGCCUGCUGGCACUGCCAUCCUCUGAGACCCCUUCCUUGGCCCUGCUGCAUACACUCUAGCUGUUUCCUCAUCUCCCUCGGACCCACAGUUCUGUUUUCCUGGAAAUUUUGUUCCAUGUUGGGAAUAAAGUUGACUUCAGAGAA